CCUGACGCACCCCGUUAUGAUCCCUCAGUCCUGUUCCUGGGAGUCUGCCAAAGCCUCCCGCUGACCUUUGACCUGCAGCUGGCAGCAGGAGGUUUGUUUGUCGCCGUGUGUGCGGUGUGCGGCGCCUUGUCCUCCACCUGCAGAUGUUCGGUCCUCCUGAUGUUUCCUGGCGUGUUCGGUUCUCGUGGCCGAGCCUACCUGAUGCUGUUACUCCUGUCUGUGCUCUACAGAGGACCGGUUUCUAACAUCCAGCGUAACGUGGAGGCGGCUGCAGUGUCUCUGAGCUGUAACCUGGACCUGCAGGUUCAUCACAGCAAGUUACUGUGGAGAGACACCAUCAGACCUUUUAUACUCAUCGCCCAGGAGCUCAUGGAUGACGAAGCUGAGUUUCAGUCGGAGGCUCAGAGCAUCAGCAGGAAGUUUCAGAACAUCAGAGACGAGGUCGUCCUUCAGUACGGAUACGACCAAUUCAAACCCAAACACGCUGCCGGGAACAGCACACAAGAGCAGUACACCUCCAAGACCAUGAUGCAGUGCGACGGUGUGGUGGACGAGGGUGUGCAGCGAUGUACUGACUGGUUCAGCCUCAGGUGGGAGGAAUGUAUGACUGCGAUCCCGGUCCCCGUCAUUAACCACAUCCUCUGCGUCUCCAUGAAGUUCCACUUCCUGUGUGAUAUCAUGAGAGUGAUGACUCCGUGGUGCAGGGAGCAGAUCCCUGUGGAGGGAAACUUUGGGCAGCUGUUUGAUCAGCUGAACCGUUCAGUCGACCUGCUGUCCAGAGAGUUCAGCACCGAGCUCGUCCUGCAGGAGCAGCAGCAGCAGUCGGUGUUGGGUGGAGCUCCGCUGGAUCAGGAGAUCACUCAGGCUGUUAGAGGAUCCUUCCAGAAGCUGAUGACGACCAUGAAGCAGCUGCUUAACGUCCUGCAUCUGCUGCGCUCUUUCACCUUCAUCACCAUCUUCAUCCAAGCGUUUAGUUACCUUAUACAGUACAGGAGGGACGUUCAAUUCGAUAACGUCUACAUCACCACCUACUUCAGGCAGACUGACGCCCGCCGGAGGAGAGCGGGGAAGCGCUGUCUGCUGCCUCUGAAACAAUCAGAGAAAAAGAAUUUCAUCAACCCCUGGAGUCCAAAGAUCCACCCUGAGGAGCUCGAACAAGUGACCUCGGGUGUGUUGCAGGUGCUGUCGGCCUCUCUGCUGUCUGUCGGCCUGCUGUCGGUCGACUUCUCUCUGUUCCACGUCUUGGACAUCGUCAGCAGACACACCUUCACCCAGUUCAACCUGACCAGUAACCACGCACACAACAUAAAUGUUACCAUUUGAUGAAUUGUAGUUGAAUUGUAUAUUUGAAAGAUAUUAUACUUUAUAACCGUGAAAAUAACACAUGAUGAUGGUGAAAUAAUAAGACCACCUGUUAUUGUUAUCAAGCUAACGUGCUCAUUCAUAAUAAUUCAUUGUGUUGCAUAUUAUUCCUUUUUUUGAAGCUUUAUUUCAUCUCUUUUAUAAGCAAGACAAAAGUACAUAAAGUAACAAAAUAUAACAGAACUAUAACUAAAGAACAAACAAAGGCAUUAUAGAAAAAUGUUUAAAUCUUUACAUAUUUUAUCUGUUUUGACUGCUUUUUCAUUCUUUAAACCAAAUAAAGUAUUAAUGUAUUAAUUUACUUUCUAUCUUAAAAACUGGUAAUUGUGGUUUCUUGUUCAACC